AGUCUCAAUUUCAGGAACUCGAAUCUGCAUACCAUGACGUAUGUGCAGAGCUCGAUGAAACGAGGCUGGAAUUGAUACCUUUGAGUAAGAAGAUCAAGCUGAUGGCCGGCGUAUUGUACGCAAAGCAAAGGAAGGAGAAUCAGGGACUUAUUUUAAAUCCCGAUGAAUUUCAGGUUAUGUUGGGAAAUGCUGAACCAUCUUUAUCAAAUUUUUUUGACCAGCUUUAUGUUGGAACUAACCCACAUAACAAAAACCAUAUGACUAAUACAAGAAACAGACAACGUUUAGUUUUAUUGUGUUAUUUCUUAGCAGGAUUGAAUAAUAAGUUUAUUAACGGGGUUAAAGCAGAGAUUGGGUAUCUCUUAGACAGUGCAGGUGUAUCAUCUACAGCACUUGAGACGAUUGCAGGAGCAGGCAUCAGUAUUAGGCGUGAAACAGUGGCAAGAUAUAAAAAGAAACAGGAAGCGAAUCACAUUGACACAGCUGGAAUGUUCGGAUCAGAACAUAUGAAUGAUUUAAUGGUGCUUAAUGUGGAUGACUACCAUAAUAUCCACUCGAAAAGACGGGCUGAUAACACAACGAUCUCUGAAGUUCAUCAUUUCCGCACUAUCCUGUUGAAAGCGGCGCCUGGGAUUCCAGCUCUUCCGUUUAUGAACUUGCAUACGGGUAAAAAUAUUAUUAAUCCAAAUGGUAUUGAUUCUGAUAUUAUAAUCGAAAAAGUACAGCAUUCAAUAUUUCCUCAUCUUUGGCUAACGUAUAAUGAGCGUAAGUUAGCAUUUGCUAGAGAAUUACCCGAAGCGUCUAACCACGAUGAGCGUAUGGAGAUGCUUUUAAUUCAUAGUUAUGAUAACAGACUAAUACAACGACGAGCAGAUAGAAGUAUGAACAAUACUAAACUUGUAAAUUUAGUAGAAGGAAGCUUACGUUCUACUGAAGAUUACAUAAAAGCGCUGAAGAAUGUUUUAGACGUCCCAGAGUUGAAGUCAUAUCUCGAACAAUACAUACUUGCAGCACCAAUGGAUUAUCCUGGACAGUUCUAUGUGCGAUGUGCCAUUUCAUCUUGUCUCAAUUCUGAAAAUAGGUUUGAACUCUCACCUUUAUUACUUCAUAUUGUCCCAAUGAUUG